AGGCACCUCGUUCCGUGUACUCUCGGGCGGUGGCCGGCGGGGUAGCGGGCGGCACAAGAUUUCUUUGUGCUACAUUGUAGGCCAUCAAGUAUUCCAACCAUGUAGUCCAACAAGGAAGUAGGCCUAGGCUAUAGGCUAUGGGAGGGAUCAGUCCCUAUCAAAACCUGAUGUGCAAGUUUACAAUUUCAAUUUCAGUAUCUCGACAGCGACAGUUGAAGACCUGUGAGAGCAGUCCAAGUUACAUUCUAAAAACAACAGUUUAUAAACUGUUGAACAGACAAAUGUGAGCGGACUAAAUAUGGCAUUUGCCGGUGCAAUCCUGGUCGUGUAUGGGAUGUUGGGGUCCGUUAACACCGAAAGCCACUCACUGGAGUAUGUCUACACCGCCCUCUCCAAGCCCAUUCAUCAUCAUGGUAUCCAUGAGUUCACCGCCAUGGGCCUUCUGAACGACAGGAUGAUCGACUACUAUGACAACGAUCUUCAGAAGAAGGUUCCCAAGCAGGACUGGAUGGAGGAGAAACUGGAUAAAGACUACUGGGACAAAGGCACUCAGUCACGCAAGUUCAAGGAGCAGUGGUUCAAAGUCAACAUUGGCAUCUUGAUGGACCGCAUGCGUCAGAAUGACUCUGAUGUCCAUACUCUUCAGUGGAGACAUGGCUGUGAGGUUGAAGAAGAGCAGGGUUCUGUAAGAUUCAUCAAGGGCUUUGACCAGUACAGCUACGAUGGAGACGACUUCCUGGCCUUCGAUGACACCUCUACACAGUGGAUCGCCCCUAAUGCCGCUGCUGUACCAACUAAGAGGAAGUGGGAUGGAGAGCAGAUCCUGAACCAGUACACCAAGGGUUACCUGGAGAAGGAGUGUGUUGACUGGCUGAAUAAAUUCAUGGAUUAUGGCCAGAAAUCCCUCCGCCAAGCAAAGCCUCCCAUUGUCGAAGCAUAUGGAAAAAAGUCUAAAACCGUGGGGAAUGUCAAACUCACCUGCUGGGCCACUGGAUUCCUGCCUAAAGACAUCUCCCUGAACAUCAGGAAGAAUGGGGUGGUCAUCUCUGAUGGCGUGGAGACUUCAGGAGUCCGCCCCAACCAUGAUGGCACACACCAGAUUUGGAAACGUGUAGAGAUCCCCAUGGAUGACCAAGAAAAUUACGACUGCUUUGUUGAACACCAAGCCUUGGUUCCACCAAUCAUUAAAGCAUUCCCUGAUAACAAGUGUGGUGACUGUCCUCUGGUUAAGGUCGGAACUAUUAGUGUAGUUGUGGGCUUCAUCAUAUGUCUGGCCUUGGUUGGAGGGCUCAUGUUCAUACUUUAUAAAAGAGGCAUCGUCACUCUAUCAAGACGUAAACCUUCUGACCCAGUUUUGAACCGGCAGCCCAUCUACUCCCCACCAGGCGGUGCAGCAGCCCCCUCUGCACUCCUACCUACCUCAAACUUGGUUCCAGAUAAGAAAGAAGGCAGUGACGGCAGUUCUAAUUCUGGACACUCCAGUGGUGGGACCCCAUCUCCGACUGGCAGCACUCAGAGUAUUGAUGCUUCCGCAGGAAACUCCAGUGGUGGAACCCCAUCUCUGACUGGCAGCAGUGUGGUCAUUGUUGUGUCUGCAGGGACAGCAGAUGAAUCAACUGCACCCUUACUGAACAAGGAGUCCACACAACACAUGGACGUUUUGAACCGGCAGCCCAUCUACUCCCCACCAGGCGGUGCAGCAGCCCCCUCUGCACUCCUACCUACCUCAAACUUGGUUCCAGAUAAGAAAGAAGGCAGUGACGGCAGUUCUGAUUCUGGACACUCCAGUGGUGGGACCCCAUCUCCGACUGGCAGCACUCAGAGUAUUGAUGCUUCCGCAGGAAACUCCAGUGGUGGAACCCCAUCUCUGACUGGCAGCAGUGUGGUCAUUGUUGUGUCUGCAGGGACAGCAGAUGAAUCAACUGCACCCUUACUGAACAAGGAGUCCACACAACACAUGGACGUUUUGAACCGGCAGCCCAUCUACUCCCCACCAGGCGGUGCAGCAGCCCCCUCUGCACUCCUACCUACCUCAAACUUGGUUCCAGAUAAGAAAGAAGGCAGUGACGGCAGUUCUGAUUCUGGACACUCCAGUGGUGGGACCCCAUCUCCGACUGGCAGCACUCAGAGUAUUGAUGCUUCCGCAGGAAACUCCAGUGGUGGAACCCCAUCUCUGACUGGCAGCAGUGUGGUCAUUGUUGUGUCUGCAGGGACAGCAGAUGAAUCAACUGCACCCUUACUGAACAAGGAGUCCACACAACACAUGGACGGUAAUGGGACUGAACCAAAAGAAAACAAGUGUGCUGCACAGCAACCCCUGCUUGGCAGCAGUUGAAUGGAACAGAUAAUGGAUGUCCCAGUCAGGGUUGCCAGGUCUGUGUGACAAAACCAGCCCAAUGACCAAUCAAAAACAGCCCAAAACCAGCCCAAUGGUCGAUAAAACCAGCCCAAAAACCAGCCCAAUAUCAGAACUCAAAAUAUGCCCCUGCCAAACCAUAUACACUGCUUUUAAAGUCCAACAGCAUUGUUAUCAUUGCCAAAUGUAUUGUAAUAUCUACAAAGUAACACUAAUUUUUUAGUAUGCCAGCAUUAAAAGCGGUUUUCAGGAGGUUUUCUCAGGAAACUGAGAGCAUUAGGCACGUGUGUACACGCAAGGUGCGUGUGUGUAUGUGGGCGUGUCCCAUGUCCAUGUGUGUACAUGCUAAUCUGGAAUUGAAAAUUCAACCCGCUGCAACACUUCAAAAGUAGCCCAAUUCCGCGGGAAAACCGCGAACCUGGCAACACUGGUCCCAGUGCAGUCAGACACCAUGCUGGGGAAAUAGAAUCCCUGACUGGACAGAGAAGAACACAUGAAAGGGUUCUGUUUGAUUGAGUUGAUCUUUGCUCCCUCUUAUGGGUUUGCAGUCUCUUAAAUGUUACAUACGACUAAAAAACAGGAAGUUAGUUACUUAGGUGAUCAGGAAGUGUCUUUGGCAUACGCAUGUGGUGGAUCAGAUCAAUCAGUAAUUAGUUAUUGGGAUAGCAUUCUGAUGUACUUUAAAUCCAAUUUUCCAUAUUUCCAUUUUCAUCUUUCUAUCUUUGUGGGACACUUUAGAACCCGUUCCCGUGUAAGACACACUGCUCCAUGUACACAAUGUUGUGGCUGUUCUCUCUCUGUCAAUAAUUUAUAAUUGUGUAUACAAAGCAGCUCCAUGUAUUUUCUUUUAAAAUAAUUAAUGAUAUAUGUUUUAUACCUCUUUUUAUAUUUCUGUUCACAAGAUUUAAUGGUCAUAGCACUGGACUGCGCUGUUACUGUAUGAUAUAGUUUGAACUGUAUAAUCAGUGUUAAGCUAAUGUUUAAAUAUUGAUUAAUGGGAUGAGGGAUAUAGUUUGGUUGUGUUACUUUUAAAACAAUGCUGAAUAAAACUGAAUAAAACUGAAUGUACUGAAA